CCUGAGAGCAGUGAGUAACUAUAGAAACACAACUGGGUAGCAGGAAGGCGGUAGAGUCCCAUUUAGUUUACUGAUCAGCGGACAAGAGAUGCCGCUUUUUCGAGGGCUUGCGUCUCUUGCGGUGGAAAAAGAUGGAGCUACGAAGAGGAAGAGUAAGAUCGCAAGGAGAGAAAGGGACAGAGGGGAAGAGGGACGCUGCAGUUCCCUCGCGAGGCUGUGUCUGUGGAGCCUGGCUGAGAACAUGAAAGACGUGUGGACUAAAGACUACACCGAGAACUACAUCGACCGUUACUCAUUUCGUUACGUCAUGGGCCCGUUCAACAUGCUCCCUGGGGAGCUGGUGGAGGACCUCCUCUCGCUCCUCUCCUCCCGGCGCCUGGUGACGCGCGCCGCCCUGCACCUCCUGCUGCUGCCGCAGCUGCGCUCUCUCUCACUGGCUACCUGUUCUACGCUGGUCAGCCCCGGCCUCUGCAACAUCAUCGGGAUUCGCUGCGGGGGUCUGUGCUCUCUGGACCUCUCAGGCGCCCAGCAGAUCUCCACCGCGGUCCUGGGGGACCUCCUGGGGCUGCUGCCCCGCCUGCGCUCCCUCUCGCUGGCGGGGACGGCGUGCGACGGCGGGGUGGUGGGCGUGGUGGGCGCCCGCUGCCCGGCGCUGCAGAGCCUGGACGUGUCACGCUGCCACCACCUGGCUCCCGGGGGCCUGCUGUGCCUGGCCCACCAGCCGCACGGCUACACCGGCCUGCCCCUGCGCAGCCUGCAGGCUCUGGACAUCGGCUUCGGGGAGGAGGAGCCCGACAGGGCCGCCGCCGCUGCCUUCCUCCUGCUGGCCCUGCCGCUCCUCAGCAGCGUGGCCCUGGAGGGGCUGGGCGAGGCCUGUGUCCUCAUAGCGGGCAGGGAUUUCAGGGAGGCGGAGGAGUUCACUGCCAGGGCGGGGGUGCCCAGCCUCAGGGAGGUGUGGGGCCAGAGGGUCCGGGGGGAGUUCAGGCGAGAGGGGAAGGCGGCGGCGGAGGGGAAGGGCCAGGGGGAGGAUCCGGACGGCGAAGAGCAGGGCGGGUGGCUGUCGGACGCACAGCCGUCAGAUGCACAGAGUGAGGAUGAGGACGAGGAAGAGGAGGAGGGUGAAGGAGGGAAGAAGUGGAGGAGCAGAGAUGGAGGGAAGAGUGCGUGGCUGAGCGGAGGAGAGUCAGAGGGAGACAGACAGAGGAGGGGGGAAGGAGGCGAUGAUGAGACACAGGUGAGCCUGUGUUUGCGGGAAGCGCAGGGCGUGUCAUGGGAAACUCUGGGAGCUUUGGGACGCCUGUGUUCAGAGCUGCGCUCCCUGUCGCUGAACUGUGACGGGGUGGUAGGGGGGAAGUUAGCCAGGGCGCUGGCAAAAUGGGUGGGGCAGUUGCACAGCCUCUCUCUCCAAUCCACCGCCACUUUGUUUGAACUGAUCCCUGCUGUACGAGCUGUGGGAGCCUCCUUGCUCUCCCUCUCUCUAGAGGGAGUUAAGAUGGACGGCACUGCAUCCUUUCUGCAGCUCCUAUACGACUGUCCCAGGCUGAAGACCCUCUGCAUACACACAGAGCCUCCAAACAGCAAUGAAGAAGAGGACGAAGAUCAAAACCUCCGGGAUCUACCUUGCCUUCCCCAACUCCGUUCUCUCACACUCAACUUCUUCUUAGACCAGCGGCAGUUGAGGCCUGUCAUAUCCUGGAGGUCCCUGAAGUGGGCGCUGUUGGCCUUGCUGGGUGGUUCCCCUCUGCUGGAGAGUGCCUCCCUGGUGGCUGUUCCGUGCCUCAUGGACUCGGUGUUCCAGGCGGUGCUGGGACACCGGCCGGAGGCCGCGGGCGCCUCGGCGUGCCUCCCUCUGCAGCACCUGCACUAUCUGAGUCUGACCCGCUGCGACGUUUCUGGGGAAACAGCGAGGCAGCUGGUGGCCAGCAUCAACUGUUUGACUACUUUGGACUUGAGUGGGUGCUGGAACGUGACCUUGCCCUACGUCCUGCGUUUACGAAAGAAUGCCACCAGGAGGCGACAUCCUCUUACUGUUAUCUGGACCUGAUGCUGGACAGAUAGAAAACCAUGCCAUUUUUUGGGUAUUUUAUUAUAUUUUUGUAUAUGCAUUUUAUCACAGAAUUUUGAAAACAGCCGAACUGUGUUACAAAAAUCAUUCCUGCUGGCUUAACAGUGUGGAGCUCUGGGAGGAAAAGAAUAACACUAUAACACUAUUGGCAAACUAUCAGCAGCAGCAUGUGUUUAAACAUGUUCACUGAAAAGCAAAUCAAGGAAAAAGACACUAAAGCAACUGUGAAAGUGUAGCACAGGUGACUUAUCCUUCUUGAAUGAGGAAUUUGAUAUGAGCCCAAAUUGAGCUGAAACCCAUAUAUAAGUACAGGGACUUAGACUGACAAAAAUGUCUCAACAUCCCUCACCUUUGUACUUCGUGUGCAGGUCAUCACAUAUACCUAGAAUCUUUGUGCUGCUGGUGACUGUUAAAUGUGUGUCUUUGUGAUCAUGGAGUAUAUUUAGUUCUGACUCCCAGAAUGCUCUUGGAAACCUCGUGAAGCCAGCAGGAAGUCGGCUGUCGAACUUUUGUGGCUUGGGCCAGAUGUCAG